GACUACAUCUCGCCCUUCGAGCGCGCAUACUUCUACAACGGCGUCGCCGACAACCCUCCUCCCCUCUUCCAGCGUUCCGAUCUGGCGCAGCGCCCUUUCCCCAUCUCUCAAGAUAGGCCUACAGAGAGGUACUCCGUCACUCCGGUGAAGACCGCCCACACCGCCAACCACCCUAUCCUCAAGAACAAGUUGUGGAAAGAGUCGGUUGCUCUUGAUAUCCUCUCUUUGUGCCGGGAGGCGCGUCGUGGUGUUUACGUCUCGACCAUGCUACCUGUGCGUUUCUCUACCCUUGAUAAAGACGACAAGGACGUAUUCGACGACCACAUCGUUCUGUGGAUCUCCGUUCAUCCCGGCACCACCAAGGAGACCUCCUGCCGUGACGCCAACGCCCCCAUCCUCGGCAUCUUGGCCAACUACAAUAUCCACGACGUCGCUGUCCACUGGAUCGAG